AUGUUGGGGCUGAGGAGAGCGGUGUGUGAAAUCCUGGGCCGGGCUGGCAGGAGCCAUUCUGAUUUGUUGUCCGCAGGAAGGCAGGUUGUCAGAAGUCAGCCAUGGAUCGGAUUGAGAGGCAGCCCGGCUGCAGCAGGUGCAAAUCUUAUUCAAAUUGCCAGGACGCAUGCUACGUCAUCAAAUGGAGGAUUUGACAGCCAGUUGGAUGAUUUGCCACCCACACUGCUUAAGGAGAAGUAUGAUGAAGUGCAAAAAGUAGAAGUAGUUAACGAUGUUGUCAAAAGGCUAUUGUCAUUAGACAUGGCAAGUAAGUCAGACAAGCUCAAAAUUAAAAUCCAACAGCUUGUGGAUAAAGUGAAAAUAAGUCCUGAUGAUAAAACAUCCAAAGCAGUUCAAAUUGCUGUUUUGACCGGCAGAAUCCAAAGCUUCAAGGAGCACAUCCAAAUGCACCCAAAAGACAAGGCAAACAAGAGAAAGAUGCUAAUGUCAAUAGAUCGACGCAAAAAGAUGUUAAAAGAACUGCGACUGACUCGUUAUGACACUUUCGAGCAUGUCUGCAAACAGUUGAACAUUGAAUACACUUUCCCUCCAGAGUACUGCCGACAUGUAACCAAGAGAUGGCAGGCAAAGAAAGCUUUAUCUUUGAAGGUAUAUGCAGAGGUAAAGCAGCAGAAAGCUGAAGGAUUGAUAAAUGAGAAGACGCCUAGACGAGUCAGGCCUAGUCCAGUAAAAGAAUGA